CCUCAUAUAUUGAGGUUGGAAGAGGAAGAGCUGUGACGGGGACAUUAAUUGUACUUAGGCAGGGAGAAGGGGGUAAUGUGAGAAAAAUUUAGUCCGUUAUCAAAAUGCCGACUGUGAUAGUGUCUACCAAUGGCCCUCGCCAAGCUUUCCCGGACGACUUUCUGGCAGAAACGGUCAAGUUGGUCUGCAAACAUCUGAACAAGCCAUUCAAGGGAGUUGCAGUGAUACUGUGCAACAAUGUCGAGAUGCUUGUAGGUGAGGUGAUGGACCAGGUGGUUAAAGUGGAGGUUUUCGGAGUAGGUGACUUCCAGGAUGACAUAAAGAAUGACCAUUUCGUUUCUGCCGUGAUCGAAUAUCUUAAUGAGACCACGGGUACACCCACAGAAUCGAUCGCUGUUUCUCUGAAAGAUGUCUUGCCCACUCAGAUUGGAUUUGCUGGUGGAGAGCUGGCAUUCGACAAAAUACAGAGACGAAAACUAGCCCAGGAAGGGCAAGAACUAAAACAUUGACGUAAUACCACCCUAUAUGUACCCCAGUUACAACGACAAGACCGACACUAGACAGACAUCAAAUUUUUUCUCCCGAAAGGCAAACUUAUCGGUCGGUUUGGAGUCGGUAAGACAGUGUCACCGAGAUAUAUACCGCAGGGACUUCGCUGAAGGGGACAUGACAACAUCAAGCGCAGAGGGCAAAUCAGAAGGGACAAAAUUAUAUUAAAAAUUAAAUGCAAAUGUAACUAGACUCAUGAUAAAGAAACACAAUAUGCUCUGUUGUUCAAUACAAAACAAUAUAUAUUUAAUAUAUUUCAAUAGAAAUUACAGUACAUCUGAAAUUAUGUGACAGUAGUAUUUUGAAUUUACAAUCAAAAUAAAUGUUUAAGAUAUAGAGAAAGAAAUACAUUUGCAUCACAAAAUUGAUGGUUGUUAGAAGUAAAACACAAUUAUUUCCACUACUAGUAAUAGUGUUAUUAUUAUUGUAAUAUGAGAAAUAAAUGUCUUUAACAGGUGAAUAAAUAAAUAAUUCCAAUAAAAAUAAUACCCCUUAUUCACAAAAAUAUAAUUUACAGUGUAAAUAUAAAUAAGUAUACAUGUAUAAGUAAUUGAAAAUAGAAAACAAGAGACAAUGAAAAGUGUUUAAUUCAGAAAUGAGAGUGAGGAAGGGAGCAAGUGAAAGAAAACAAAAGAAAUGUUAAAGGAGAAAUGAGGAAU